AUGGCAGGCUUGGGAGCCCUGCCUUUCUUGCUGGCGCUCGGCGCUGCAUCAAGGCACCGACGCGCCAGUGCCUCUGUAGUCUGUCGACGACUUCAAUUUGCCGCGCCGAUCACAUGGGCAUUCCCUCCGUUGCCGUUUCCGAAAGGACUGGCCCCCGCGUGGCCACGUCGCUCGCCACACCAACAGUUCCGUCUCAUCUCAUCACUCAUCACCUGCCCACACGAGCACGACACCCGAGCUGUCAGCCGUGCAACGCCGCCAUAUAUCGCGCGUCCAACUCCAGGGCGACACCGAUCCAGCAAAGAUACCGAGCAGAGCAAAGAAACGGAAGCCAUGGCCAGCGACAGCAGCAGCAACCAAGCAGGAGCAGCAGCCAAGCCCAAGCCCAAGCCGCCGCCGCUGCCGCUCUCGGUGCGGCUCCAGCUGACCGGGCUGACGGUGGCCAUCGACGCCGUGGAGCGGCGCGACGGGACGGUGAACCGGUGCCUGUACGGCGUGAUCGACCGGCUCCUGAGCGCGCGCGCCAACCCAAAGCCGGACGCGUCCGGGGUGCGGUCCUUGGACUUCACCAUGGACGCGUCCCGGGGCAUGUGGGCGCGCGUCUUCGCCCCGGCCACGGCGGACCGUCCGCUGCCCGUCGUCGUCUACUACCACGGCGGCGGCUUCGCGCUCUUCUCCCCGGCCAUCGGGCCCUUCAACGGCGUGUGCCGCCGCCUCUGCGCCGCGCUCGACGCCGUCGUGGUGUCCGUCAACUACCGCCUGGCGCCCGAGCACCGGUGGCCCGCCGCCUACGACGACGGCGUCGACGCGCUGCGGUUCCUCGACGCCCGCGGCGGCGUCCCGGGGCUGGACGACGACGUGCCCGUCGACCUCGGCAGCUGCUUCCUGGCCGGGGAGAGCGCGGGCGGCAACAUCGUGCACCACGUCGCCAACCGCUGGGCCGCCGCGUGGCAGCCGUCCGCACGGACGCUCCGCGUCGCGGGCGUCUUCCCCGUGCAGCCCUACUUCGGCGGCGUGGAGCGCACGCCGUCGGAGCUGGCGCUGGAGGGCGUCGCGCCCGUGGUGAACCUCCGGCGCUCCGACUUCUCGUGGACCGCGUUCCUCCCCGUCGGCGCCACCCGCGACCACCCCGCCGCGCACGUCACCGACGACAACGCCGACCUCGCCGAGCAGUUCCCGCCAGCCAUGGUCAUCAUCGGCGACUUCGACCCGCUCAUGGACUGGCAGAGACGGUACGCCGACGUGCUGCGCCGGAAGGGGAAGGAGGUGGUGGUGGCGGAGUACCCCGGCAUGUUCCACGGCUUCUACGGCUUCCCUGAGCUCCCCGAGGCCACCAAGGUGCUGCAGGACAUGAAGGCCUUCGUCGACAGCCACAGGGCCACGCCCAAGCUCGCCGACGCGUGAUGCACGAACAGACCAACUCUUUUCCCUCCAUUCUAGUGUCGUGUUGGUUGGUUCAUCACUUCAUCUUAUCUGCUGUCAACCCAAUUAUACUGUAUGAAAUCGCUCAUGUCAAAACUCCAACCAAAGCGCUGUGUUACCUUA